AGAGGAGGAUGGUGGAAAGAUCAGAACCCCAAAUUACUGCAAUUUCAAAAUGAAUGCACUCAGAACAGCCUUGAUUGCGUUGAAAACCAUAAUUUUGGGAUAUUUUUUCUAAAGAUUUCAAAGUUGUAUCAAUAAUAGAUAGUGAAUUCAUUGAAAUUAGGUGGAAAUGUAAGGAAAAAUAGAGGUCAAUGUUUGUUACUGAAUUUUAUGCAGGAGUUGGCUUGCAAAAUUUGUCAUGCCUAUGGGAAAUUUAUUUUCUCUAUGAACAAUAAUGUCAAAGUAAUGCAAGUUAAACUACUUCUCUUGGCAACUGAAAAGAAGAAAUGAAGAACCCUAUGCCAUGCACAGAUAAUCGUUGUAAUGUGAGAGAGUACUAUGAUAGGAAUGAUUGGUUUCCUUUUGAAAUACCUUUUUGUGGAAAUAUUUCUAUAUGAGUAUAUUUGAUUCAUUAUUGCUUCACUGGUUACUCUCGUUGAGGUUAUAUCAUAUAUGACUUAUGGCUGGGGAUUUGAUGAUGUUCUUAAAUUUACAUAGCUCAAAGUUGGAUUUUCAAGACCACAUUUUGCGCCUGUUUCCAGCUAAUCUUACUUUCCGCUUGCAGUUCUUGGACAUGAGCUCUUUGCAAGCUACACUACCCAAUCCCCAGUUGCCGCCUGCCUUCCUAGGCAACCUAAGUCAGCCAUGGUUCCCACAGAAUCCAGUUACGCCUUAUAUUUCAGCUGCACCACAAGGGGGCUUACCUUACAUGGCAGGUCAAGUGACAAGCUCUCAGUUGCCGAAUAUUCCUUCACAAAGCCCUGUAGUACCUCUGGGUGGCAAUCCUUUUGCCUAAGAGCAAGUGUGAUGGAAACUUGCUGCAUCAUUCCCUAUUGGUGUUCCGACUGCUAAAACUCCCUGAGGGGGGGGGGGUUCAGGGUUGUGCUCCUGUCUAUAUUCCUUUUGCAGUAAACUAUGUUGUAGAAUUCCUCUUCGAACAUCAUGACACAUGAAAUUUGAAGUGCUUUUCGGGAAGUUUGGGCCAUGGGAGCUUUUCCAGACGACAGGUCGGGGGAAAUUAGCAAAGUAUCAUCUUAUGGACAGGGUGUUGCGAGAAAAUCAACGAAUUAUCAUCUUAUGUUCAGUGGCAUGGUAGUCUGGGUUACUCUUAGAAAUGCUCUCUCCCUGUGGAGGUGUGGAAUCCUAAGCCUUGAUUGGUAGUGGUGAAGUGUUGUAUUGCUGCCUCUUAAUAUUUAUUGUAAUUUAUUUUUCUUGUGCAAUGGUGCCUGUAAUUUCAUUCUUUAUUAGUGUGUUGGAUCCACUUUUGAGUGCGUUCAUUAGUCUUUUGAGUAUGAUAUUAAACAUUUGCCAUCUAUAUAGUUUGAGCCUACUUUGAAGAACAUAAA